GGGGCGGGGCGGACUGGCAUGGCGGCGGGGACGCGCCGGAAACUGCGCAGCACCAGCAGCCGCCGGGCGGGCGGUGGCGGCGGCCGCCAGGCCUGAGGCCGCCGGCCACUCUGAGGUAACGACCGGCGGGUAACGGCCGGGCGCCGGGGAGCGCGGCGGCAAGGGCCGGGAGCGGCGGCGUGGGGAGCCGGGGCUCGGCGGCCGGCAGGAGUCUUUGAAAAAUCCUUAGUGGUCAUGACAUUGUUACAAGUGACAUAAAUUAGCCAGUGGCUCAGAAUGAUGGAUACCCAGAAGACUACAAAUGGUUUGCAAGUGAUUGGAGAAGGGACUGGUAUAGGGAAAUCGACACUCCACAUGGUGGGGUAUUUGGGAAAAAACUGUAAUCCUGUGGAAACAACUGCACAUGAGCAUUGUCCAGUCUGCAAAGAGAAGGGCCGGAUCCAAGUUUUACGGACUUACCGCAUUAAUUUUCAAGAGUCUAUUUUUCUUUGUGAAAAUCCUCAGUGUAUCUACCCACUUGGUUAUAAACCAUUAAACAGCAUAAUUACUUCUGCUGAUUCAGAAAAUCAUCAAGUUCCAUCUACUCAUAAGAAAAGGAAAUUGUGUGAUAUCAGUGAUAUUUUUUCUGUUGAAUCACAUUCAAAAAAAGCAAGGACCGAUAAUGUGGUAAAUGUUGAGCACGCUGUUAAUACAGACCCAGUUGUCAAGUGCUAUCAGAAUAGUUUAUGUAUUCCCAAGUCAAGCCUACAUGAUGUGUUGCAAAAGGACCAUCAAAAACCUACUAACAAUGUGGAGACCUGUGUACAGAAGGCAGAUUUUGAAAAAAACACCAACAACUACCACAAAAGUCCGUCUAAGACUCCUAGUCCCAGAACACAACUCUUGCCAAAUUCUGAACUUUGUUCAACAACAUCUGAAAUUUUGCUCAAAAAGGAUAAAGGUUCCACUAGUAACACAGAGUUCUGUCUUCAGUGGAGAAACAUGCAUAAUCUUUGUUGGCUAGAUUGUAUUUUGUCAGCACUGGUACACUUAGAAAUAUUAAAAUUUGCUCUGGCAGCAGAAUAUAAUGAUGGAAAAUGUUUACUUCAGAAACUUUUAACAAAAUAUAAUCAAGCAACUGUGCUUCUGAAUACCUGUAAAAGGAGUAAAGUAAAAGAUGUUCUUCCAAAAGCAGAAGCACAUCUCAAUGAAAUCAGAAACAGAAUUUUUACCCAGCUUCAGCCUCGGCUUAAGUGUGAAUUGGGUAAGAAGGAGAGUCCAGUGUUUGCACUCCCUCUACUCUUACAACUUGAUCAACAAGCUGAGAAACUAUUCUUGCAUUCGUUUUCAUGGAAGUUUGAAUGUGUAUGUUGUGGCUACAAAUACCAGGACCGAUUUAGGAAAACACUAACAACAUUCAUGAAUAUAAUCCCUGAUUGGCAUCCACUUAACGCUAUUCAUGUUGGACCAUGUAAUAACUGUAGCGACAGAUCUCAAAGACGACAGAUGAUUUUGGAAAAAGUAUCCUCAAUAUUAAUGUUACAUUUCGUAGAAGGCUUGCCACAUAACAACCUGAACCACUAUUCAUUUCGGUUUGAAGAAGAUACCUACCAAAUAACGUCUAUUGUUCAAUAUCAAAUAGAUAAGAAGCACUUCAUAACCUGGUCUUUGAAUCCUGAUGGAACUUGGCUUGAAUGUGAUGAUUUAAAGGGGCCAUAUUGCAAGAGGCAUAAAAGAUUUGAAGUUCCUCCUUCAGAGAUUCAUAUUGUUAUCUGGGAAAAGAAAACAUCCCAUGUGCCAGAAGAACUGAAUUCACAGAGUAAAAAUAUUGAAGGUUUUUCUCUUAAUAAUGAACAGUCAAAUUCCACAGUGUUGCAUUGUGGUUUUGAUAACACUGUAGACAAAAUAGCUGCAGAACAUCGCAAAGAGGAUUCUGUAAGAACUCCAGAUAAGAAACAGCAGCAGGUAGCUGAGGGUGAAAGUAUUGUUCAUUAUGGUUUAGAAAAUCUGGCACAUGAUGAUCUUGUGACACUGACGCUUGAAGAAAUUCAUGUUGACUCAGAAGGUAAAUCGCUGCUGAAUGGACAGAUGGUGGGAAAUAACCUUGUUGAAAUGGGCACACCACAACAGCAGGAAUCAGCCUUUUCACCUAACACUCCACAUACAGGAGAGUUUGCGGGAUCUAAUCUAGCUGUGAACAAUGAAUCCAUGUUAUAUGAAAAUUCCAGCAUUUGCUUACCUCUAGAAGAGUUGAAUCCAGCAAAUAUUACUCCUCCUGUGCCCAAAACACAUGACCCUGACUCGUUGCUUGCUCAAAGAACAGAUGACAGAACUGAUUUUCCUAACAGCAAACGUGGAUCAAAUUCAGAACUACAGCUAAACAAGAAGUUGUCACCAGUAGAGAAUAUUAUACAAAAAUUACCUGACUUGAAAGAUGCAGGCAAAAUUGUAGUUAAUUCUCAGGUUGCCAAUUCUCCUGCUGCCAAUAAUUCCUUUCAGCCUUCACACAAAGACCAAAAAAGAGGAUUUGUUGGAAGCUGGGUAAAGAAAUUAUUAAGCAAGAAUACUUCUUUUAUGCCUUCAAGUGCCUCAGCUCUCAAGAAUGAGAGAAGUUGCAAAACUCCCUCAAUGCAAAAAAUAAGUGAAGUGCGGUUGCCAGUUAAGGGAGCAAGUAACUUUGGUGGAUUUCAAAGCAGAGGUACAAAGAAAACAACGGAGACCCCGGAUCCAGUGGUUCCUCAGAGUAAUAAUACUCAUCCUUUAUCCAGUUUCAAAGGAUUUUCUCAAAGCACUCGUCUUCCAACAGCAAGUCAUACCGCUAUUGAAGGUCCAACUUGGAAUAAGUCGGGAAGUACACUGGGUACCUCAGGUAAAGCGACUCAGUUGCAUUCACCUAGCUGUAACUCUGGGAAGGCAGAAGAGUCAGAUAGUGACAAAACAAAAAAACUUCGCCUAAAACUGUUAAAAAAACUUAAUGCUAAAAAGAAGAAGUUGGCGUCGCUGGAUAGGCUAGCAGUGGAACAGAUGAAACAUGAAAAACCUGUGAGUGGAGAUGUCAGCACCCCAUCACAGAUUGCAUCUCACAGUGACAGUGAAUUAUUGCAGAGCUUUUUAAAGGAACUACAGUAUCAGAUCGAUGUCGCAGAUAAUGAAUCUGAGUGCACUAGCCAUAAUAACAGUGAUGAAAUACUGGCGGAAUUACUGUCCCCUACUUCAACUGUUGCUUCCUUAGAGGCUCCAAAAAGUGAAGAGGAAUGCAUGUAUAUGGAAAUGGUGGACAGCAGUGUUGCAACAACAGCGGCUGAUGAGAAGACCAGUGUGCCACAUGCAGCAAUGACAAGCGACGACCACAAUUAUUACAGUCCUGUAAAGGACAGUAACUCGGAACUUCAUGCAAUAAACAAACCCAGUGUGAAAAAACUUGCUUUUGAAAGCCCUACACGGGAAGAUAUCCUGGAAGACUUAUUCUCCAUUUCAGCACCGAGCUCAAUGGCAGGUGACAUAGAUUUACCUCAUUUUGAUGAAACUCUGUUUGAAACAUGGUAAAUAUUUGGUUUCUUGGUUUCAGCUAUUUGUCGGUAUUAUGUAUAUUUUGAAACAAAGCACUAUUAAAUUAUAUUUUGUAACUAGUGUAAUUGCACACUGGCUGUACUUGAACAAUUUACAUUUGAGGUAUUAUUUUUCUUAAAAUUUUAUUGUAGCAGACAAAUAAGAUUUUAAUGCAUUUUAUUUUUCUGAGAAGCCGUUAUUUUAGCUGUAAGAUGUGAUGCUGAUUUUUUAAUUAAAAGCUCCUACGACUCUUAAUUUUUGCUGCUUUUAAUACGGAAAACUUAUCCAUAUUCCACUGAGUUUGUGAAAUAAUAAACUUCAGUAUUCUUGGUGA